AUGAAGACAACGCACGCCACCAUGAGCUGGCGCGCGCAACUUGAGAGCCCACCACAGGAAACAAAGGGUGAGCGGACGUUGCGACGCAGUGCCCCUCCUGUGUACCACACCCUGCAUCAUCGUGAACGGGAGGAGCAGGGACGUGGAGGAGAAGGCAAAUUGAAAAAGAGGGGGCGGAGGGGGCACUCACGAGGGGGUGCGAGGGGCACUCACGAGGGGGGUGCAAGGGGCACUCACGAGGGGGUGCAAGGGGCACUCACGAGGGGGUGCGAGGGGCACCCACGAGGGGGUGUGAGGGGCACUCACGAGGGGGUGCGAGGGGCACUCACGAGGGGGUGCCAGGGGCACUCACGAGGGGGUGCGACGGGCACUCACGAGGGGGUGCAAGGGGCACUCACGAGGGGGUGCGAGGGGCACCCACGAGGGGGUGCAAGGGGCACUCACGAAGGGGUGCGAGGGGCACUCACGAGGGGGUGCGAGGGGCACUCACGAGGGGGUGCGAGGGGCACCCACGAGGGGGUGCGAGGGGCACUCACGAGGGGGUGCGAGGGGCACUCAGGAGGGGGUGCAAGGGGCACUCACGAGGGGGUGCAAGGGGCACUCACGAGGGGGUGCAAGGGGCACUCACGAGGGGGUGCGAGGGGCACUCACGAGGGGGUGCGAGGGGCACCCACGAGGGGGUGCGAGGGGCACCCACGAGGGGGUGCGAGGGGCACCCACGAGGGGGUGCGAGGGGCACCCACGAGGGGGUGCGAGGGGCACUCACGAGGGGGUGCGAGAGGCACUCACGAGGGGGUGCGAGGGGCACUCACGAGGGGGUGCGAGGGGCACUCACGAGGGGGGUGCAAGGGGCACUCACGAGGGGGUGCGAGGGGCACUCACGAGGGGGUGCGAGGGGCACCCACGAGGGGGUGCAAGGGGCACUCAUGA